AUGAAGACUUACUCGACGUGGACCAAACCCUCAGCUUCCCAACACAUGCUUAAAUUUUUUCGGCAAGCCGACCCUGAGACGAAGCACAUUUCUAGGGCUGCAGAGGUUUUCCAAAAGACUCUUCGUGUCCUAAAGAAGAAAUCCAACUCUGCCUGCUUUGUUACUCUAGCUCAAGAACAACUGUUGUCAUGGAAACAUUUGAAGCUGAUUGCAGAGCUGUCAAAAUGUCCUCCUACAAGUCCAGCCACCUGUCGGUACACCCAUCUCUACAAGUAUCGACUGAUAUCAGGACUCUGCAACAACAGGCAAAAUCCUCGCUGGGGAGCAGCCAACACUGCCUUGGUCAGAUGGCUACCAGCUGAAUACGAAGACGGGGAGAGCGAACCAAAAGGCUGGAACCCAGAACGGCUCCAUAAUGGAUUCCAACUUCCCCCGGCCCGGACAGUCAGCAGGGAAAUAAUGACGAGUGCUUCUAAAUGGAAAGAUGAUUCCUAUUCUCAGCUGCUGGUGGACUGGGGCCAGUAUAUAUCCCAUGACAUAACCCUGACGCCUCAAAGCACCAGCACCGAUGGGUCAGAUGUGGACUGUUUAAAAACGUGUGAAAAUGUGCAUCCGUGCUUUCCUAUUAAGAUGAAUGAUGGUCUACAAGGCUGUAUGCCAUUUUUUCGCUCCACAUCAGACUGCUUUGUCAAUUUUCAGUCUGGUAUAAGACAAGCCCUGCAGCGACAACAGCUCAAUGCCAUGACUUCAUUCAUUGAUGCUUCUGCUGUCUACGGCCACAAUCAAAAGCUGGAGAGCUUCCUUCGUGACCUUCCUGGCCGUAAUGGAAAACUUGCUGUCAAUGCCCGAUUCAAAGAUCCAAAAGGAAGGCCUUAUCUCCCAUUUGUAACCAAGCUGCCAUCAGCCUGCCACCAAGAUCUGCAAGGGGAAAGAGUUGAAUGCUUCAGUGCAGGAGACAACCGGGUCAGCGAAGGUCUGCCUCUGACUUCUUUGCACACGCUGUGGCUCAGAGAACACAAUCGAAUUGCAGAGGCACUGAAACACAUCAACGGUCACUGGAGCCCAGAGAUGAUAUACCAAGAGACUCGUAAGAUCAUAGGUGCACUGCACCAGAUCAUAACCCUAAGAGACUAUGCUCCAAAAAUCAUUGGCCCAGAGUCCUUCAAACAUUACAUUGGUCCCUACAGGGGGUACGAUCCAUCUGUGGACCCCUCUAUCGCCAACGUGUUCGCCGCAGCCGCAUUCAGGUUCGGCCAUGCUACCAUCUCCCCAAUCCUCUGCAGACUGAAUGAAAGCUUCCAGGAGGAUGAGCGCUUCCCCCACUUGAGACUGCACAAUACUUUAUUCAGUCCAUGGAGAAUAGUCAAAGAAGGGGGGAUUGAACCAGUCCUGAGAGGCGUAAUUGGAUCUGCAGCGUCAGCUGUUAGCGCAGACAUGCUGUUGGCUGAUGAAGUAACAGAGAGGCUAGUGGUCCUUGAUACACUGAAGCAGAUGGACCUGGCUGCGCUGAACCUGCAGAGAGGACGAGAUCACGGCCUCCCAGGUAAGAUCUUGGCUGAGAGUCAGAUCUGUCAUUCAAAUGCCAUUAGAUUAUCCUCGUCAUAUCAAAGCGACAGAGGACUUGUUGAAAGGCUUUUGCCUGGCUCAAGAACUGGUCCUCUCUUUGCUUGCCUGAUUGGAAGGCAGAUGAAAGUGCUCCGUGAUGGUGACAGGUUUUGGUGGGAAGCUGAUGGUGUGUUCACCCAGCAACAGAAGGAGGAACUUUUAAAAUUUUCUCUAUCCCAUCUGAUCUGUGAUAAUAGCGACAUAGGGAUAGUUCCUCUUGAUCCUUUCAGAUUGGGGAAGUAUCCAUCUCAUUAUGUCUCCUGUGAUCAGAUACCCUCAAUGAAUUUGGAAGCUUGGAAAGACGAAAUGGGCGAAGACUUAAAACGGUGUGGCCUUCCUAAACAGAUCAACAAUGGAGAUUAUAUCUUGUCCUCUACAUCUCGAAAACUGGUUGCUCUAUACUCUUGUUACCAUGGUUUCACAUUAAAGGGUGCCGCUGUCAUAGUUUGCAUGGGCAAUCGAUGGUGUAAUCAACCUCCACAAUGUAACAGGUAUGUAAACUAUUUAUGAACUAUCUACUUGAUGUUUACCUGCAGUACUUUAUGUGAGGGAUUCACAUUGAAAUAUACUUUGUAAUGCAGAUCCACCUUUGUAGGAUUUGGUUGAGCACCACAGACAUUCCCCAUU